GGGCUCGCGGGGGCUGGACUUCCGGCGUCCGGGACUGUCACUUUGCUGCGGGGCGUGGGGCCACACCGGUGUUGGGGACUGGAGCGCGGCGGGUCCGGGUCGGCCUUCCAGGAGCCUUGGAGACCCGAGGCGAGGGCCGCGACGAGGGCACGAGCGGAGGGCCGCUAGGCGCACGCCGUGGUCGCGGGCGACGGUCGCGCCCCCCGAGCCUCGGUUUCUCCGGGUGUAGCCUGGGCCGCCCUGCGGGCUGUGGGGCGGUGCCCCGCGUCACGUGCUCUCCGACCCCCGGGCGGCAGGGGAGACGGCGUCCUGGGCGUCUGUGCCCUAGUCGGACGGAGAGACUGAGGCCCGGAGCCGGGACGUCCGCGUAUCCGUCGCUUUCUGCGCGUCCCCAAGUACAGGUUCUGAUGGCGACCGCGGCGCUGACGGACCCGGCGCAGGCCCCGGGGUUCACGCCAGUGGAGCGUGCACGUGUGAGAUCCCCGCUUCGGGCAGCCAAGGGAGUGAGGUGUAGAAGGAAGUUCCAAGCGGAGGGUCCCGCACGUGCAAAAGCUGGGAGGGGAGACGGAGCCUAGGUGCUUCGGGAACCGAGCUUCCGCACGUGAGCACGGGAGAGGAGUUGUGUCGGGAGCCGUGGGAGGAUUCGAACAGAGACUGGACGUGCUUUAAGUUAGGGUUUUUAAAAGUAUCCCACGGUUUGCUUGGCGGAGAAAUGACGCAGAGCGGGGGUGGCCGUGUGCAGGGGCCGGGCGCUGCCACAGCCCGGGUGGCCGAAGACGGCACCUGCGGCACACUGGGACUGGGCCAGUGGAGAUGGGGAAAGUGGUUGGAUUCUGGAGAGAUCUGAUGUCUCAGGUGCGGCGUGGGAGCGAGUGGCCCGAGUGGAGCACAGUCCCAAGGUGUUUGGCCUGAGCACCCAGAAGAACAGAACUGCUGAAUUUGAAGGGAAAGCAGGCUUCAGAGGCCUGAUGGCCUUCGAGGAUGUGGCCGUGUACUUCUCCCACGAGGAGUGGGAGCUCCUGGACACAGCCCAGAGGGCCUUGUACUGCCACGUGAUGCUGGAGAACUUCGCACUUGUGGCCUCGCUGGGUAAGGCCCUGGGUUUUCCACGGGAAGCUCAGCUGUUGCCAGCACUAACCCCGUAUCUCCUGUUGGCCUAUGAGCAGCCUCACACCAGCUGGCUGGUGUCCCUGUGCCGCUGUGGUGCCUCUGUGUUCAGCCUGGGCCCCUUUCAUCUGCUGCUGCCAACACGGUUCUCCUCACAGGGAUUCUCCUCACAGGGGCCAUUGCACUUUUCCUGGCUCUCUGCCUCACGACCCCGGGUAGUCGUCCAGCUUGAGCGUGGAGAGGAGCCCUGGGUUCUCGGUGGGACAGUUGCAACACCAGCCAGGACUGCUCACAGGAAGCCCAGCCCUGCGCCUCCUGGAGGCUCUGGCCUUGGCUUGCCCACCAAGGGGGAGCUCCCGUGGGACCCCAUUCCAGGCACCGGGCACAGCCUUUACCAGGACGCUCCUGGUCCUGCUUUCAUGGAGGUGACCAUGCUAGGGGAGAGGCAGCAGGGAAGCAGAGUUCGUUCCCGUCAUCUGGCAUACGACAGGGUUGUUCCAGGAGAAGCAGAACUGCCAGGGGCCUUCCAUGAUGGCUCCCCUCCAGCACCUCCGAGGGUCCUCCCCUUCGCUGGCAUCUGUGAGCGUGGGAAAAGCCUGGAUGGCUGGUGGGGCACCUCCCCCUCUCAGGAGAAAAAACCCACAGGGGUGUCUGUAAUCUACUGGGAACGGCUCCUGCUAGGUCCUGGCAGUGGGGAGGCCAGUGCCAGUCUGCGGCUGACCUCCCCACCGAGGACUCACCAGGAUGGCCAAGCCAGGGAGUUGGCCAUAAUAGAAGGUUGCAAGCCAGCUAAACACCGGAGGGCAUCCCAGAGGCAGAAGCCAUACUCGUGGGCAGCCCCCCACAGAGUCUUCCCAAGCAUCUCAGUACUUGAGGUUAGUCACGUUAGUGGGGAGGGAAGAAAGGGUUUGGCUCCCGAGGUGCCUCAGAGACUCCCUGAUACCCACAAGUCCCCAGCCUGGGAUCAGCUGGGCAAGGCCCUCCGCACAGGCCCUGGCCUCCUUCCCGGGGAGAAGCCCUUCGAAUGCAGGGCGUGCAACAAAGUGUUCGUGAAGAGCUCGGACCUGCUCAAGCACCUGCGCACGCACACCGGAGAGCGGCCGUAUGAAUGCCCGCAGUGCGGCAAGGCCUUCAGCCAGACGUCGCACCUGACGCAGCACCAGCGCAUCCACAGCGGUGAGACGCCCUACGCGUGCCCGGCCUGUGGCAAGGCCUUCCGGCAUAGCUCCUCGCUGGUGAGGCACCAGCGCAUACACACAGCCGAGAAGUCCUUCCGCUGCAGUGAGUGUGGCAAGGCCUUCAGCCACGGCUCCAACCUCAGCCAGCACCGCAAGAUCCACGCAGGCGGGCGGCCCUACGCGUGUGCCCAGUGUGGCCGCCGUUUCUGCCGCAACUCACACCUCAUUCAGCAUGAGCGCAUGCACACGGGUGAGAAGCCUUAUACUUGUGCCCUUUGUGGUGCCGCCUUCAGCCAGGGUUCCUCACUCUCCAAUCACCAGCGUGUGCACACAGGCGAGAAGCCGUUCGCCUGCGCACAGUGUGGCCGCGCCUUCAGCCACAGCUCUAACCUCACGCAGCAUCAGCUGCUGCACACGGGCGAGCGGCCCUUCCGCUGCGGGGACUGCGGGAAGGCUUUUGCCAAGGGCGCGGUGUUGCUCAGCCACCGACGCAUCCACACCGGUGAGAAGCCCUUUGCGUGCGCACAUUGUGGCCGUGCCUUCCGCGAGCGCCCGGCCCUCUUCCACCACCAGAGCAUCCACACGGGAGAGAAACCUGUGCGCAGACCCCGGCGUGGGGCAGGCCUGACCCCCCAGGCCAGGCCUUCUUCGGUGGGGUCAUCAGAGGGCUCACUGGGGAGGGAAGCGGGGUCCACUCCUGCCUCAGGUCCAGCCGCAGUUUCGAAGCCUGCUGAAGCCUGAGUUCACAGCUCCAGCCUUCCCCGGCUUGUCGUAAAACACCCGCGUUCCCUGCAUAUCCACGUUUUGGAGAAGACCCGUGUGUGCACUGUGGUUCCAUCUGCACAUGGUGACGAUAUUUGCCAUUUCAGCCACGGCUCACUCCAACCCUAAGUGGUCAGGCUGCAGAAGUAGCAGGGGGAUAUUCUCCCCAUUUGGAUGCUGGGACUUUGGCAGGGCAGAGACUUGGCAAUAGAGUGCCGUUUCAUGCCUAUGAUGACUGUGGGUGCUCAGGUGAGGAGGGGAACUGCUGGAAUGCUGGAGAGGCAGUCCUAGAAGUUUCCCCUGUCCAUGCACAAACUGGCCGCCAGGCCGACCCUCAGGAUAUUCUUCCAAGACCUCACUUCCUCCAAGGCCUCCUGGGAGCGGACCCAGUGGGUAGGAGGUCAUGUGGGGGUCUGGUGUUGACCUUGGGCUCUGUCUUAGCAUCCACCUCUGGGGAAAAGAACAGACGAGAGAGGGAGAGAGAUCCAGGCCUACAGAGGGAUUCUGACAGGCAGGAUCUUGCCAAGGGCCAACAUGUGCCAGUUGCCAGCCCUGUGAGGCGGCCGCUGUGACUGCUAUCCCCACUUCUCAGAUGAGGAAACGGAGGCAGAGAGAGGCGAUGUGAGUUGUACACAGCAGAGCCAGGACUCGAAUCCAGGCCACAGGCCCAGCAUCCAGACAGCUCACCAGUCUGCCCCCAGGCUCUGGCAGCUGUGCUCGGGUCUGCCAGUGUGAGAGCUGGGUGAUGCCAGGCCUGGCCGCCCGCACAUGGCAGUCCCACAGUGGGUGGGCCAAGUAGAGGUGGAGGUCCCUGGGGUGGGGAGAGGGAGACAGACAUCAAGAAUGAUGGCUCUUGAGCCGUGCUCUUUCAUUUGGUUUCUCACCCAAGCCUCAGCAUUGGCCACGUCCCGUUGUUACCAAAGGUACCGCUGCAGGAGCCUUUAUAUCCCCCCUGCCCUGACGAGAGGUGAUCAUAACAACAGGUUUGGAGGAGACCACAUGGGGCUCCUUGGUUCUCCCUGUGGCCCUCAGCAGACCAGGGCCCAUCCUGACCUUAGUCCUCACACCCAGGGAUGUUAGUGGUCUCUUUACUUGGGAACAAAAAAGAAAGAGCAAAAAUUAGAAGUUGGAAUGGAUGCACAUUGUGUAAAUCCUUGCACAGCACUGGGAAGUCCACAGCCUCAGCCUCCCCUUCCAGCCUCCAGGUCAUGGUUCAGAAGGGUUUAAUGGCACAGUUCUAAGUGUCAUCAUCACAGAGCUUUGAAGCCUUGGCUUCAAUGCAGGUCCUUCAAAGUAGGGUAGAGUUGCUGCUUGCCUGUUCCCCAAUGAGGGGCCGGGACACCUAUGUCUUCAUGGCAGCCAGAGGUUUGUGGGAGUCUGCUAGGAGACUUCAGCACUGUAGACAUCGUGAGGCCACCCCAAGUCUCAGCUCUACCGUGAGAUGAAUCUUGGUAGAUCCAGGCUGGGGAGCCUGAGACAAGGGGUUGCUCCCGUCCCAUCACCUCCAAGGUCUGGUAGCCAUCUGUCAUACAGAAUGAGCAAAGACAUGUCUCCCCCACUCUCCACCUGCUAGCAGGUUCAGACCUAUCUUCUACGUCUGGAACCUCACAAGUCCUACAAAGAGGGGAGAUGGGGCAGUGAGAGGUGUCUUGCUGGAGCUGGCUCCCCAUGAUCCUUGGAGUAUAGGUCCACUGAACCGGAAUUCCUGGUACCCUGCAGGCCCCUGAGCCACUGUCCACCCCUCCUGGACUCCCCUCUCUCUGCUCUGGUCCACACUCUGGCCUUAUCCCCAUCCCACCUUCCCCCAGAUUCCCCUCCAUGAGGGUGCCUUGAGUAGGUCACAGCCUUAGUCCCUACAGCUGUGAAAUGCAGACAAACCCCCACUCUAAGUGAUAGAGACCUGUUCUGGGAAAUUCGGGGAUUCAGGAUCAAGGGCAUCUGUCAAACACCAAGUGGGUACUCAACAAGUCAUAUUCAACCUUUUCUGCAUCUUGUACUGAAGCUCCUGGAGCCCAGUUUCCAACCUGAGUCCUCCUGACCCCUUGAGCUGAGACUGAUGCCCUCUCCCAUUUCCCCACCAGUCUCCUUCCCACCUGUGUGGUUGGCUCCUGCUAUCCUUCACUUCCUCCACCCUCCUUAAGUCCACCUCUCCCAGGACUGGUCAGUGGCUCUCAGCUUGAUUCCAUGGAAACAGCAACUAUGAUACCUGCCUUUCCCCAUGUCUUGGCCUUGCACUGCCCUCCUCCAAACUUAGGUGGUCAUGUUGGGCUCUUUCCUGCUAGGCUGACCGCUCUGCUCUUAACCCUGAGCAGGCUGUGAGUGUAAAAGUUUCCCUGGCUUUCUAGGUCAAGAUGGACUAAACACACAUCUCACUUAGUUCAGAAACCCACUGAAACAACAGGGAAGAGUAUGUUUAGAACAGAAAUCCAUAAGUAUGAGGAUGGAGUAGGAGGUGUCAGGCAAUGGCAUUCUGAAGCUAGGAUUGGAUGGGAAUGGGUGGACUUGAACUGAUCUGGUGAGAGCCACAUACAGAGUCGGCACUGGGGCAAGUGGAGGGUGGCCCCUGCAGGCUUAUGCUGCAGAACUCCAGAGGGCUUGAAAACUAGCAGCCUUUCCCCUGAGCCGGCUUGGGCUACACACCAGAGAGUUUUUGUGAUCACUGGCCUCUACCUAACAGCUCCCACAAUUACCCAGGUGUCACUUCUGGUAUCUGAGCUCUCAAGGCCUACAUCUCAAUCUUCACACCCACGUGUGCCCUAGCCUACAACACGCAGGCAGCGAUUCCUGCCAUGGAGAGAGCACAGACCACUUCACUGAGGAUUAGCGUGCUAUUCCCCUUUUCCAGGUUUCCAGCUCUUAAGAUGCCUGGGCAGCACCUAUAGCCCCUGACAUGGGGUGGAUUGCACUUCCCAGAGGUUCAGUGCCAUCUGCGUUUAUCCUAAUUCCCGUGGAAGCACUUUUGAUUCUUGACACAUUGAGGACUAUACUUACAAAGCCUUUGCCACUCACUUUCCCUUGGCCCACAGACUAUAGUUCCACAACGAUCAAGUAACAUUUAAAGCCCCUGACACAGUACACAACACUUUCCUGAAACCAGCAAAAGCAUCCUCCUGCCUACAGCUCUUUUGGCCCCUAGGACACUGGACUUUAUCUUCCAGAGGGCUCUGAUCUGCUCCACACCCCACCCCACAGGACUUGCAUCAGGGCUUUUGCAGGUGCACUCUGCCAAGGACACUCUUUUCCCAGUUACUUGCUGCUCCUUCUCGGCUUAGCCCAAUGUCCUUGUCAUAUCACCACGAUAGCACUUCUCCUUACACUUUCCUGACCAUAUCAACAUCUGCUGGCCUGGGGUCAGCCCAUCA